GUCUUUAUUUAGGUAACACGUCACAUUCAGUCUGAAGGAAACGUCACAGCCCUAAGGUUCGGUGGUGAUAAAAAGAUUCCAGAAGAUACAAUUGUCGCCGUGACAGUGUCAGCGACAAUACAGGGAGUUAUAAGAAGGCGAGCCGGCUACGAGCUGAGCUACAGGUGGAACAGGCGCAAACGUUCCUACGGUUUGAAACACCGUCUGGCUCGCUGCAACCGAGCUGUACACACACCCACUCCCGGCUCACCCAGUUGCUAUGCGACACCAUCUCCCCGGCCAUGUGCCUUCGACUUUAAACUGGUUGACGUCACUGCCUCUCUACACCCCCUUCGCCUUUGUGGGCGGAGACUGCAGGCAUUUGGUGACGUCUCCACGCAAACAGAGUUAGGAUACCUGACUAAUACGCAUGCGCAGGUUAGCGGAUCGGAGACUUCUCCUCAUAGCACCGACAUACCGCACCUCCGCCACUCAUCCCGUGCAAUACCUGCGCGCACCCCGCACUGGUGCACCUGUCGGAGUGCUUUCAUCGUCACAGGUUCGUGCUGGGAUAAGAGCCGGACACAUUCCGAAUGUGAGGAGCAGAUAAAUGUAAUUUCUUUCAUGGGUUCCUGAAGAACUUGGAGAUGAUUUCAGCGGUGAUCAUCUUGUAAUCGUAACCGGCCAAUAAGUUUCAGAGGGUGUCAUGGUAGUGUCCAGCUUGGGUGAACUGUCGCAACAGGAGGCAGGCAUGGACUCCAGGGAUCCAUCGGCCACCAUUACUGGUAUGGUAACCACUUCCAGUCCAAACUUCUCAAAAGUCCUGGAGGAACAACCUCUCACCUUAGAACAGCCCAUGUUCCUUAUGACAACUACCGCUCAAGCUAUCUCGGGUUUCUUUGUCUGGACUGCCCUGCUCAUCACCUGCCACCAGAUCUACAUGCACCUGCGCUCUUACAGCUGUCCCAAUGAACAGCGCCACAUUGUGCGGAUCCUCUUCAUUGUCCCAAUAUAUGCCUUCGACUCUUGGCUCAGCCUCCUCUUCUUCACUAAUGACCAGUACUACGUUUACUUUGACACAGUGCGGGAUUGCUAUGAAGCAUUUGUCAUCUACAACUUCCUGAGCCUUUGUUAUGAAUACCUUGGGGGUGAGAGCAACAUCAUGACAGAGAUCCGUGGGAAGCCUAUUGAGUCCAGCUGUAUGUAUGGUACGUGCUGCCUCUGGGGAAAGACUUAUUCUAUUGGCUUUCUGCGUUUCUGUAAACAGGCUACUCUGCAGUUCUGUGUAGUGAAACCAUUAAUGGCAGCUGUAACAGUGAUUCUCCAGGCCUUUGGGAAGUACAGGGAUGGUGAUUUUAAUGUGGCAAGUGGUUACCUCUACGUGGCCAUUAUCUACAACAUCUCAGUCAGCCUGGCGCUCUACGCUCUCUUUCUCUUCUACUUUGCCACAAGGGAGCUGCUCAGCCCAUACAGCCCUGUUCUUAAGUUCUUUAUGGUGAAAUCAGUCAUCUUUCUCUCCUUCUGGCAAGGAAUGCUGCUAGCCAUAAUGGAGAAGUGUGGAGCCAUCCCCAAAAUCGACUCUGCAGAAGUGUCAGUGGGAGAGGGAACAGUGGCUGCUGGAUACCAGAACUUCAUCAUCUGCGUGGAAAUGUUUUUUGCUGCUAUUGCUUUACGCUACGCUUUUACUUACAAGGUUUACUUGGACAAGCGUCUGGAUGCCCAGGCUGUUCCAACCUAUGGCCAAUAUGGCCGCUGUGCCCCAAUGAAGAGCAUCUCAAGCAGCUUGAAAGAGACCAUGAAUCCCCAUGACAUUGUCCAAGAUGCCAUCCACAACUUCUCUCCAGCAUACCAGCAGUACACCCAGCAAUCCACUCUAGAACAAGGCACGAGCUGGCGCAAUGGACAGAUCAUCUCUCGAUCACAGAGUGUAUCAGGGGCUCGGGACACAGAGAAGACUUUGCUUCUGAGUUCUGACGAUGAGUUCUGAUAGGGAAGAUGAGACAGACUGACUCCCAACUGAAAAAAAAAAGAAAAAAUAGCCAACCAACCAUCUGUAGCAAUGAAUUGUCGUCCCAUUUCCUUUAUCCCUCAUGGAUGGACUUCCAGUUACUGUUAAUAACAGAAGUUCUAUGAAUCGUUGGCUAUGUAGCUUGGUUGCAGAGAGGUUCUGUUCUGUGCACUAUUUGCUGCACUGUUUUCCCACAGUGGUGAAUCUUGCUUCUUAUUUAUGUUCUUUUAACCUUUUUACCUGCAGUUUUAUGCCCCCCCCCCCCAAUUUUGAAUUUAUUCAGUCCAGUAGGAUAUGCCUGAUAAAAGUUUGGUUGUUUGUAUGAUAGAGCGAAGCAUCUCUCUCUCUUAUGUUCUGUCAGGCCAACACGAAUGUGGGCUUGUAUUAGAACAGGCCAAACCAAACUUGGGCUAAUAUUAGAAUAGAGACUUGAAUGCUCUAUGUAGGUGUUGUGACUAUGUCAUAACUAUUUAUAUAGUCUGAACACAGACUGUACAUUAAUAUGGUCAGAAAAAUGGCGAGACUGCAACAAUUAGAUUGUUUGCUUCAUGAGAUAUGUAUGCUGAGUAAUGUGUUCUGUGUUGUGCCCUGCAGUUAGAAGAAGAAGAUGGACCUCACAGAAUUUGCAAGGUCAGAGUGUUUUAUGGUUCAGGACCAUUUUUUGCCAGUAAUUCAUUACUUCUCCCUCUAACAGUGAAAGGGAUCAUGGGAAAUAAUGUUUGGCGUCUUAAAGCCAGUGUAACUAUAGGUCUGGUAUCCUCGAUUACUGGUCUGUGCAGUCUUUUUAGAAAGACGUUUGCAGUCAUUGCUUGUUCUUGGGGACACACCAAACCAGCUGCCACCAGAAAACAAUGAUAACUUAAAGGAGCACUAAAGCACACACAAAAGGUUGUAUUUCCAGAGAGCCUUCCUCUCCCAAAUCUGCAUUAUUUUCUUUACCUGCUGCUAAAAUGCAGAGUAACGUAGCAAUGUUGAGGGGCACCUUUCAUGGGAAAAGUCAGCAGCAUAAGGUGCCCUUGAACCCCACACGCUACUAAACAGGUAAAUAUUGUAAAAAAGCAGAUUUGGAGGGGCAAACUGGUGCAGUUCGGGUGAGGGGAGGACGGGCUCUCUGGAAAUAUUACGUUUUAUUUGAGGCUUUCUUUUUCCUUUAAGGGCAUAAUAAACCAUAUAUUGUACCCCGUCUUCUGCUGCACUUACCAACAAUGCUGGAAACAGGAUGGACAUGUUGAAGAUCACUGGCUCGAUGACAUUGAUCCUGCUGUUUUCUUUUCACUCUAAAGUUUGAAAUCAAUGACCCUAGUUACAACUAUUUGUGUUCCAGAGCCUCUCGCGCUGUUCUCUGUUUUGUUAUUUGGCAACAGUACCACCAUCAAACUAAAUUUUGCACUUGAGCGUGCCUACCCUUAAAUAUGAUACAAAUACCAACUGCUUUAGUAUAUUUGCUUCCCGAUUUGUUCUCAGGGAAUAUCGUUUUGUGCGUAACUUGCUUAUACCAUACAUAGCCCUAAGAAUUGAUUAUUGCAGGAUUUCGGCAUACAUUGCUCUAAAUUCAUGUGCCUUGCACUGUCAUUAGGACUGUGUGCGUUGCUUUCAGAAGAUCCUAUGCUUAGCAUGGUGCUUUUUAGCCCACUCUUUGAUUUCCUGCUUACAUUACCACUCUGUUUAGAAGGAACGAAAAAUAUGUCCCCACCCUUAGGUCUUGAGCAGGUGAUGGAGAGAUUUGUACUGUUCAUGGCUGAAAGGAAUUGGCGUACAUAAGGCACGAGUCAGUGGUUCAUCACUGCCCAUGGUGCAGGAGUUCAACAGUCUUCCUAACUCUCUCCCUUUUUACUGUUUGAGACAAAAUUGUGUAUUUAUUCUAAAAAUGUGUAUAGAGAUAAUACCAUAUUAUCCUGCUUCACUCCCACCUCUAAUUAAAGGGACAGUAUGCACCCCUUUUUAACGUGAGCUCAAUAAUAGGGCUUGAGCUGAAAGUACUUUUUGCCUAUUGCUGUAAUUAAGAAAUAUCUGAUUUUUGCAAUUUUUUUUACACUAAAUUUGAAAAUGAAACCAGUUGCACUUUAGCACUUCCUGUUUCUGCUGAGCAGAGGAGACUAUAAUAAUUAGCGUCAGGCCACACGAGCAGAUUCGGGGAAAUUAGUCGCCCCAGCAAGAAAUCUCCUCUUCUUCUGAGCGACAAUCUCCCCGAACUGCUCUCCUCCGGCUAAAUUGAAAAUCGCCUGGGGGAAGGCACACGCGGUGCUUCGUUUUCCGAAGCCGCCAGAAGUUUCCUUGUGCAACAAUCUCCCGGAACUGCCUUCCGUCUGCUUGAAUGAAGAAUCGACUGCGCUAAUGCACUGGCAGCCCUUCGAUUUCCAAAGUCGCCCGAAGUUUCCUGCAAAUCAAAGUUUCCUGGAAAUCGAAGCGCCGUGAGUGCAUUAGCGCAGGCGAUUCUUCAUUCAAGCAGACGGAAGGCAGUUCGGGGAGAUUGUUGCCCCGCAGAAGAGGCGAUUAGUCGCCAGGCGACGACAUCUCCCCGUCUGCCCCAACCCUAAGGAAGGGAAGAGUUUGUUCAAUGGGAGAUAAGGAGCUCUGAACAAGUUUAUAAAGGGAGGGGGGAAGUUCAGUAAAAACACUAAUUUCAUUUUUUGUCAUGGCAAGCAAAUAUUUUAAUUAAAGAGAACCGAUAUUCAACACAGGUCCUGUUUGUUGUGCUCAUUUGUAGCAAAAAGUUUUUUUUUUUAGGUGUAUUCUGUCCCUUUAACACUUUACAUGCCAGAAAUGGCUGCAAAACGCUUCAGGGCAAUGAGCUGUUGGUCUUUCAUUUCACGGGAGGGGUACAAUAAAGUGGGUUUAUUUUUAUGAAUAUCUGUAGAUAAAAAAUGUUCCCCUGAAGGUUCAUUCUAGUAAAUGGCAGAAACACAUAGCCCAUUCCAAUGAGUGGGUAUCCAAGCCCACAGAGGCAUUUAAGCUUCUGCCAUUUUGUUGCAAGAAGAGAUUAAAUUGCAUUGUGUUGCCAGCCCCCCAGGGUUGGGAGAAGUCAGCACCUCAGGAGUUGUAUCUCUAUUGUAAAGGCUAAUCCACUUUUUUUUUUUUUUUUUUGUUAUAACCUAGGAGAACUGGAAACAUGUAAGAAAUAGGGUCUUCUUGUGACCCGGCUUAGGUGCAAUAUACGAUGAGAAUAUGGGUGGGAAGAUGUUGGACAUUGUGUUGGAAUUAUUAUUAUUUUUUUUGUCUUUCCUGAAAAAAAAUAUAUUCUAUUAGUGGAA